UAGUAUAAUUGGAUUUUUCUUAAAUCUUGUGAUUGAGAGAGAGAAAGAUGAUUAGAGUGCAUGAACAAUUUUUUUUACAGAACGAUUUUAUGGGGUACAAGGAAUUGUACUAUAGUAGUCAUUGCCGUGUUCAUUCAAUCAACCAGCAACAGAAAGUGCUUACAUUUCAAAUCUCCACUUAGACUUACUCUACAUAAUUUUAACUAUAUAUACACCCUUAUACAUACAUCCCACAUAAUUAAUCUUCUCAUCAAAACAAAACUACCUAAAUCAAAAUGACAUUCCUUAUGAAAAACACCUUAUAUUUGGCUCUAAUUAUCUCUAUAAUUUCAUCGUUCCCAACUUCCUCAUAUGCAUCAGUGUCUGAUAUUGCGACUCAGGCAUUUUUUGAUGGCAUUAUUGGACAAGCUGAUCCGUCUUGUGCUGGGAAAAACUUCUACACUCGCGCUGCCUUUCUUAAUGCUGUCAAUGCUUACCCUCAGUUCGGCACCUCAGGCUCUAGCGACGAUAAUAAGAAGGAAAUUGCUGCCUUCUUCGCUCAUGUUUCCCAUGAAACUACCAAUCUCUGCCACAUAGAGGAGCAAGAUGGAAAAGUCAGCGAUAGCUACUGCGACCAGAGUAAGGCAGUACAAUACCCUUGUACACCAGGGAAGAAGUACUAUGGCAGAGGACCUCUUCAACUCUCAUACAACUACAACUACGGUGCUGCAGGUACCGCGAUUAGAUUUGAUGGACUGAACAACCCUGAAAUGGUGGCUACUGAUGUAGAUACAUCCUUCAAGGCUGCAGUGUGGUAUUGGAUGACCAAUGUUCGCUCUGUUAUGAACCAAGGUUUUGGUGCUACUAUUAAAGCGAUCAAUGGUGCUGCUGAAUGCAGUGGCCAUAAUCAGCCCGAAGUAGAUGACCGUGUUAUGUUUUAUAAGAAGUAUUGUGCUGAUUUUGGGGUUGCUCCUGGUGAUAAUCUUUCAUGUUAAUUAGACAAGUAGCUCAAUAUGUGAUGUAUUUAUGUAAUCAAUAAGCAUGUUUAUUGCAAUAAUAAGGUUAUAUAAUCGUACUAUUAGAUAGGAAUAGGAUAGAUAUGUUGUUCUUAUGAGUAUUGUUAAGAACAAUGAAUAAUUCAUAUACUCCCUCCAUUCCUAAAUAAUGUCCAUAUUUGAAUUUUUUCA